GCUAUGGAAUCUUUGCUAGUAUCCAGUUCAGACAGCGCAGAAUCAUCUGGCAGUUCAAAUCCAAAUCGAACUAAUCAAUUGAGUUUGGAACAGAGGUUUCAAAUCGUGAGGAGUGUUGGGGAAGAGUGUAUUCAAGAAGAUGAGCUCCUAAAUUUGCUGGCAAAGAAGCCUGAGCCUGUCUGCUAUGAUGGGUUGGAACCCUCUGGUCGCAUGCACAUUGCUCAGGGAGUCAUGAAGUCCAUAAAUGUGAACAAGCUCACAUCUGCAGGGUGCAGAGUUAAGAUAUGGAUUGAUGAUUGGUUCGCAAAGCUAAACAAUAAAAUGGGAGGAGAUUUGAAGAAAAUUGAGGAAGUGGGCCGUUAUUUCAUUGAAAUCUGGAAAGCUGCUGGGAUGGAUAUGGACGGAGGAAAGGUAGAGUUUGUAUGGGCAUCAAAGGAGAUUAACGCAAGAGCUGGUGAGUACUGGCCUCUUGCAUUGGAGAUAGCUCCAAAGAACAAAGUAAAUGAUGAAAACGGGCAUCGUCAAAUCAUGGGACGAAGCGAACAAGAUGAAUUAACUGGAGCCCAAAUCUUUUAUCCAUGCAUGCAGUGUGCUGGCGUGUUUAUCCUCAAGGCCGACAUUUGCCAAAUGGGAACGGAUCAGCGUAAAGUGAGCGAACUCACUACAAAGUAUUGUGAUGACGUUAAGGAGAAGAAUAAGCCUAUCAUCUUGUCACAUUAUAUGUUACCUAGCUUACAAAAAGGGCGAGAAAAAAUGUCAAAAAGCGAUCCAUCAUCUUCCAUAUUCAUGGAUGAUGAGGAGGCUGAAGUGAACUUGAAGAUAAAGAAGGCUUAUUGUCCACCAAAGAUUGUGGAAGGAAAUCCGUGCUUGGAGUACAUUAAGAAUCUUAUCAUACCAUCGUUUAAUGAGUUCUUAGUGGAGCGCAGUGCAAAGAAUGGUGGAAAUAAGACAUUUAAGAGCUUUGAGGAGCUUAUUGCUGACUACGAAAGUGGGGGGCUACAUCCAGCUGAUCUUAAACCGGCUUUAGCAAAGUCGUUGAAUAGACUUUUGGAGCCUGUCAGGGAACACUUCAAAAAGGACAAGUAUGCUAAAGAUCUUCUAAAAAGGGUCAAGGAUAUGGAUACCAUCAAGGCUACCCCAAAAGAACCACCACGAGAAGCUAUGGAAUCUUUGUCCAUACCCAAUUCAGACAAUGCAGAAUCAUCUGGCUCUUCAAAUCCAAAUACAACUGAUGAAUUGAGUUUGGAACAGAGGUUUCAAAUCGUGAGGAGCGUUGGAGAAGAGUGUAUUCAAGAAGAUGAGCUCCUAAAUUUGCUGGCAGGGAAACAUGAGCCUGUUUGCUAUGAUGGGUUUGAACCCUCUGGUCGGAUGCACGUUGCCCAGGGAGUCAUGAAGACUAUAAAUGUGAACAAGCUGACAUCUGCUGGGUGUCGAGUUAAGAUAUGGAUUGCUGAUUGGUUUGCAAAGUUAAAUAAUAAAAUGGGAGGAGAUUUGAAGAAGAUUGAAGUAGUGGGCCGUUACUUAAUUGAAAUUUGGAAAGCUGUUGGGAUGGACAUAGAUGGAGGAAAGGUAGAUUUCAUAUGGGCAUCAAAGGAGAUUAAUGCAAGAGCUCAUGAAUACUGGCCUCUUGUAUGGAAUAUAGCUCAAAAGAACAAUGUUAAAAGGUUAAUCAGGUGUAGUCAAAUCAUGGGACGAAGUGAAAAAGAUGAAUUAACUGUAGGCCAGAUCAUUUAUCCAUGCAUGCAGUGUGCUGACGUAUUUUUUCUCAAGGCCGACGUCUGCCAAAUGGGAACGGAUCAGCGCAAAGUGAAUGUACUCGCUAGAGAGCACUGUGAUCACAUUAAGAGGAAGAACAAGCCUAUCAUCUUGUCACAUCAUAUGUUACCCGGUUUACAGCAAGGGCAAGAGAAAAUGUCAAAAAGUGACCCAUCAUCAUCCAUAUUCAUGGAUGAUGAGGAGGCCGAAGUGAACCUGAAGAUAGAGAAGGCUCAUUGUCCACCAAAAAUUGUGGAAGGAAAUCCGUGCUUGGAGUACAUAAAGUACCUUAUUAUGCCACAAUUUAGUGAGUUCUUAGUGGAGCGCAGUGCAGAGAAUGGUGGAAAUAAGACAUUUAAGAGAUUUGAGGACCUUAUUGCUGACUACGAAAGCGGGGAGCUACAUCCAGCUGAUCUUAAACCAGCUUUAGCAAAGUUGUUGAAUCGAAUUCUGGAGCCUGUCAGGGAACACUUCAAAAAGGACAGUAAUGCUAGAGAUCUUCUAGAAAAGGUCAAGGCUUACAGAGUCACCAGAUGAUCCCAUACGCUAAUUUGGACUCCAACUUCAGUAUAUUUAAUUUUUCAACGG